GGCUGAGUGACAGGUGGAGCGAUGAUUGGCAGGUGGUACCAGUGCCAGGGUAGGGGCGCAGAGGUGGGCCAGGGCAGCAUCCCGCACUCUGAUCUCGAGACCCCAACGAGGUUGGUGGCCUCGGCUCGCUGAAAUGGGCUCGCUUUUCCUGGGUCCAGGACCGGUCAAGCAGCGCUAGGCGACGCCCGCCCCUCGGACCCCAGGUACACUCUGGUGCAGGCGGCGGCAGCUACAAGGCUCCGGCUGGGCUCGUCCUAGGGUCGUCCGGGGUUCGCCCCGGCAGCAUCCCACGCAGCAUCGCGACCCUUCCAAGGACACAAUCUCCCCAGGGCUCAGGAACAUCUCCGCCGGCCUUUCUCAGGAGCUGAGUUCUGCAGCUCCGGGACCCUGUCGUCUGGGCUCAGCGUUGCGACGGACGUGCAAGAUCCGGCUCCUCUUUGCCUUGCUCCCUGCCUGGCGCCCCCAUCAGGGGAGCGCUCGAGACUCUGAACUUUGGUGGGAUUCCCGCCAGGCCUCGGGAGCACGGACGCGGUCCGCCAAAGGAUGGCCGAGGGGCUAGGGGGAGGAGGACCGCGCGGUGACAGGGCCGCCGGCGGCCGUGCUAUGGAGGAGGAGGUGGUGAGGCGGCGCUGCCGGCGCGGUGAGGAGGCCGAGGUCUUUCAACCCUGGCCCGAGGGUACCCGAAGUGUGGCUGCCGGAACCCCGGUGGAAGAGCGAUUUCGCCAGAUGCACCUCCGAAAGCAGGUAUCUUACAGGAAAGCCAUCACCAAGUCAGGCCUCCAGCACCUGGCACCCCCUCCUCCCACGCCUGGGGCCCCGUGUGGUGAAUCUGAGCGGCAGAUCCGGAGCACUGUGGACUGGAGUGAGUCAGCAGCGUAUGGGGAGCACAUCUGGUUUGAGACCAACGUGUCCGGUGACUUCUGCUAUGUCGGGGAGCAGUACUGCGUAGCUAGGAUGCUGCAGAAGUCAGUGCCCAGAAGAAAGUGUGCAGCCUGUAAGAUUGUGGUGCACACCCCAUGCAUUGAACAGUUGGAGAAGAUCAAUUUUCGCUGUAAGCCAUCCUUCCGUGAAUCAGGCUCCAGAAAUGUCCGUGAGCCAACCUUCGUAAGACACCACUGGGUACACAGGCGACGCCAGGAUGGCAAGUGUCGGCAUUGUGGAAAGGGCUUCCAGCAGAAGUUUACCUUCCACAGCAAGGAGAUUGUGGCCAUCAGUUGCUCCUGGUGCAAGCAAGCGUACCACAGCAAGGUGUCCUGCUUCAUGCUGCAGCAGAUUGAGGAGCCCUGCUCCCUGGGGGUGCAUGCAGCUGUGGUCAUCCCACCCACCUGGAUCCUACGGGCGCGGAGGCCCCAGAAUACCCUCAAGGCCAGCAAGAAGAAAAAGAGAGCAUCCUUCAAGAGGAGAUCUAGCAAGAAAGGACCCGAGGAAGGCCGCUGGAGACCCUUCAUCAUCAGGCCUACCCCAUCCCCCCUCAUGAAGCCCCUGCUGGUAUUUGUGAACCCUAAGAGUGGGGGCAACCAGGGCGCUAAGAUCAUCCAGUCUUUCUUGUGGUAUCUGAAUCCUCGACAAGUCUUUGACCUGAGCCAGGGGGGACCCAAGGAGGCGCUGGAAAUGUACCGCAAAGUGCAUAAUUUGAGGAUUCUGGCUUGCGGGGGUGACGGCACGGUUGGCUGGAUUCUGUCCACCCUGGACCAGCUGCGCUUAAAGCCACCGCCCCCUGUGGCCAUCCUGCCCCUGGGUACCGGCAAUGACCUGGCCCGUACCCUCAACUGGGGUGGGGGUUACACAGAUGAGCCUGUGUCAAAGAUCCUUUCCCAUGUAGAGGAGGGGAAUGUGGUACAGCUGGACCGCUGGGAUCUCCGAGCAGAGCCCAACCCUGAGGCAGGCCCUGAGGAGCGAGAUGAUGGAGCCACUGACCAGCUGCCCCUGGAUGUCUUCAACAACUACUUCAGUCUGGGCUUUGAUGCCCACGUCACCUUGGAGUUCCAUGAGUCCCGAGAAGCCAACCCAGAGAAGUUCAACAGCCGCUUUCGGAAUAAGAUGUUCUACGCUGGGACGGCUUUCUCUGACUUCCUGAUGGGCAGCUCCAAGGACUUAGCCAAGCAUAUCCGCGUGGUGUGUGAUGGAAUAGACCUAACCCCCAAGAUCCAGGACCUGAAACCCCAGUGCAUCGUUUUUCUGAACAUCCCCAGGUACUGUGCAGGCACCAUGCCCUGGGGCCACCCUGGGGAGCACCAUGACUUUGAGCCCCAGAGGCAUGAUGAUGGCUACCUCGAGGUCAUCGGCUUCACCAUGACAUCCCUCGCAGCACUGCAGGUGGGUGGGCACGGAGAGCGGCUGACCCAGUGCCGAGAAGUGCUGCUCACCACGGCCAAGGCCAUCCCUGUGCAGGUGGACGGUGAGCCCUGCAAGCUUGCGUCAUCACGUAUUCGAAUCGCCCUGCGCAACCAGGCCACCAUGGUGCAGAAGGCCAAGCGCCGGAGUGCUGCCCCACUGCACAGCGAUCAGCAGCCAGUCCCCGAGCAGCUGCGGAUCCAGGUGAGCAGGGUCAGCAUGCACGACUAUGAGGCUCUGCACUAUGACAAGGAGCAGCUCAAGGAGGCCUCUGUGCCUCUGGGCACUGUGGUGGUCCCUGGGGACAGCGACCUGGAGCUCUGCCGUGCCCACAUUGAGAGACUCCAGCAGGAAAGUGGUGAGCCCGAUGGCGCUGGAGCCAAGUCCCCGACAUGCCACCAACUAUCCUCUAAGUGGUGUUUCUUGGAUGCUACCACUGCCAGCCGCUUCUACAGGAUCGACAGGGCGCAGGAGCACCUCAACUAUGUGACGGAGAUUGCCCAGGAUGAGAUUUAUAUCCUAGACCCUGAGCUGCUGGGGGCAUCAGCACGGCCUGACCUCCCCACCCCUACCUCCCCGCUCCCUGCCUCUCCCUGCUCCCCCAUACCCCGGUCACUGCAGGGGGAUGCUGCACCACCUCAAGGUGAAUUGCUGAUUGAAGCUGCCAAGAGGAAUGACUUCUGCAAGCUCCAGGAGCUACACCGAGCAGGAGGUGACCUCAUGCACCGGGACCAGCAGAGCCGCACACUCUUGCACCACGCAGUCAGCACUGGCAGUAAGGAAGUGGUCCGCUAUCUGCUGGACCAUGCACCGCCAGAGAUCCUUGAUGCUGUGGAGGAGAAUGGGGAGACCUGUCUCCACCAGGCAGCUGCCCUGGGCCAGCGCACCAUCUGCCACUACAUCGUGGAAGCUGGGGCCUCCCUCAUGAAGACAGACCAGCAGGGCGACACUCCCCGGCAGCGAGCUGAGAAGGCUCAGGACACAGAGUUGGCUGCCUACCUGGAGAACAGACAGCACUACCAGAUGAUCCAGCGUGAGGACCAGGAGACGGCUGUGUAGUGGAGGACACUGCAGAGGACCACAGCGUCCUUUGCCCACCUCACUGCCACAUUCCUGUCGGGUGGCCAUGGGGGGACCCUGCCCCAGGGAAGGAGCCCCGUGCCACCCCUGAGAAGCCGCUCAGAUCUAGGGCUGGACUCUGAGGAGCUGGACUCUCGCCUGUCCCUGUGUUCAUGGGGAACAGGAGAUGGGCUGGCGGAUCCCUUCGGGCAGCCUUCCCCUCACCAUGGCAGAUGGAAGGCAGGACAGAAAGCACCGAUAGGAAGGCCUGCUCGCAGCAGGCCAUUUGCUAGCCGCCUGGCCCUUUGGACUGUCAGGAGGCUUCGGGGUGCCUAGCCCUUCGCUCUGACCCACCCACCAGGGCCUCCCAGAAACUGAAGAGCCUGCUGUAUUCACCUGCCCGCGGCCCUGCUUGGCACCUACCCUGGUGAUCCUCAUGUACCCAGUCAUUUCAUUUCAGACUGUAUGGCCUGGGGUGGGGGGUGGGGCUCCCACGGUGACUUGUUUACAGCUGGGUGUGACUCAGUAAAGUGAAUUUUUUUUUCCUUU